CAAGGACAUGGCACUGCUUGCUGGAAAGGUAUAGCACAAAAAGGGAAAGCCCGGCCGUCUCGUGGACCGGUGCGGCGCGGAUAGCUCCUAAUCCUAGCUCGCUCGUGUUGCGAUGGAGGUCGCCUUCGAAAGGCCGCCGGUGAAGGAGGAGAAGAGGGUAGAUGCGAAGCCGGAGGUCGCGGCGAUAGCAGGAAGCGCUCUUCCGAUAGUCUUUGAAAGUUUUCACACAACGCAAAGGGAUGCAAGCAUCAAGCAGGAAGACAAGCUAGAGGCUGCCAAGGCGGAGAUGGGCGAGGUGAGGGAGGAGAAUGAGCGUCUCAAAACGCUGCUGACCCGCAUCGUCGGCGACUACCAGUCGCUGCAGAUGCACUUCCUCGACGUCGUCAAGGUGCAGGAACAAGCGGCCAAUACGAAGCUCCCCACGGCGCCGGCGCCGGCUCCCGGCGCCAACGACGAUCCCGACGACCUCGUCUCCCUGAGCCUCGGCACGAGGGCCAACGGCGUCCGCCGCAAGGGCCACGAGAGGUCGUCUUCGUCGUCCGGCACCUCCGAAACCACCGAAGACGGAGGCCAGCUCUCCCUCGGGCUCCGGCUGUCCACAGACGACGACAAGGCGAGCCUCGCAUCGGCGGCGCCCGUGCUGAACCUGAGCUCCGAUAGCAGAAGCGCUGACGACACCGCCAAGCCUGCACAUGCCGCCGCGUGCCCGCCUAGCAGCGCACGCAAGAGCCCGAGCGGCGGCGCCGGGGAUGGAGAGGACGAGGAGGUGCAGCUACAGCAGGCCAAGAAGGCUAGGGUUUCCGUCAGGGUGAAAUGCGACACUCCUACUAUGAACGACGGGUGCCAAUGGCGGAAGUAUGGGCAGAAGAUCUCCAAGGGGAACCCCUGCCCGCGCGCGUACUACCGCUGCACUGUCGCGCCCAACUGCCCGGUCAGGAAGCAGGUGCAGCGGUGCGCGGAGGACACGACGAUCCUGAUCACCACGUACGAGGGCACGCACAGCCACCAGCUCCCGCCGGCGGCGAGGGCCAUGGCGUCCACGACCUCCGCCGCUGCGGCCAUGCUCACUGCGGGCUCCACCAGCUCCUCCUCGGCCUCCCUCGGCCACCACCAUCGUCUCGCGCUCGCGUCGGCCGGGCUGAUCGGCGCAAACACCAUGGUCUCCACCGCCGCGUCCUGCCCCACCAUCACGCUCGACCUCACCACCCCGGCGGCGCCGCACUCGCUCAUGCACUCCUCGCCCUACGCCGUGGCCGCCGCCGCGGGGUACGAGUCCAAUGCGGUCCCGGCGGCUUGGAGCAGCGGUUACCUGGCGUACGGCGGUGCCCAGCCGUCGUACUACGCCAAGAGCUUGCCGUCCAUGGGGCACUUGUUCGGCGGCCUGGGCGCCGUGUCGAGGCCGGAGCAGCAGUACGGCCAGUCGUACCUGCAGAGGGCGAGCGGCUUCGACGGCCAUGGCGCGAUGGCGCCUGCCGUGACGGACACGCUCGCAAAGGCGAUCACGUCGGACCCGAGCUUCCAGACGGCGCUGGCGCUGGCGAUCACGUCGGUCAUGGGGCGCGGCGGCGGCAGCGCGGCUGCCCAGAAGUGAGAACUCACGCGCUCAUGCAUCAUGCAAUCGAUUGGCUAAUGGCGUUUCGCGCGCAUGCGUGGCCGGGUUAGAUCUUGUGUAGGGCCGUGUGGUUCGUAUGUAAUCAAUAUGUGCAUCGUGGUUAAUUACUUUGUUAAUUGGAGUAGUUUUGGCAUGUUAAUGAGUAAAUUGGCUGGGGGAAAUGGUGAUCAAUGUAACAGGGAUUAUUUGGUC